UUAACUAUAAUUUUGUGUUAAAUAAAUAAACUGUUAUAUUUUUUUCAAAAAAAUAUUUUCUUGAUAUUUUUAAAAUUAAGUCGAACUUCCUGUUUAUCGUUGCCAAGUUUACAUUAGUUACCAUGCGCGUCUAAAAGUAUGGCGACGCGGGAGCAUUUAAAGAAAACAAAUAUAGGCAUUUUGAAAACAAUAGCUUUAGAUCUGGGUAUUGAUUGUAAGAAGAAGAAAAAAGAUGAUCUGAUUUGCGAUAUUCUUGCAAGCAGCACAAGUACAGAUGCCCUGUGUCCCACUGUUGAGGUAUUUUCUUCCUCUGAUCCUACACUUACGCAGUUCAAAGAAAACUUGCCACCAUUCAACAAAGUUUCUUACCAGCUGAUAGGUCCAUCAAGCCAUGUGAAACCACCUGCCCUUUCUUUUUCCUCUUUGUAUGAGUUUAUGAUCUCAAGGACAAGGCAGGGAGGUCAGAGUGUUCAAAACUUUAAAGGACUGGAUAAGUCUCUGAAACAUUUUGAUGCAGGGGACAUCCAAGAACUAAGUAUUGCCAACAUUGAUGACACAACAGUCUAUGUCAAGGCCUUUUGCUUGGCAUCUAUGAAAAAGCAGAGGUAUCAGGUUUAUCUUUGCAUGACAAACAUUGGCAGCACACAUAAAGUGGACUUUGCAUAUUGCCAGUGCCCCAUUGGGUUAGCUCAAGCCUGCAGCCAUGUUGGUGGGUUGCUUUUUGCAAUAUGCAAUGGCAUCUUUACGUCAUCCCAGAGCUGUACCUCAACACUUUGCACGUGGAAGAUGCCGAGGUCGGUCAACCAUAAACCAACCCCACUUAGCAAUCUAAAUCUGUCAAAGCCUCGUGCCCAAAUAGAAAAGAUAAGUGAGGACAAUGUUACAGCAUCCGCUUCUCUAUCACAUGGCUCUGCGAUGGCGAAAUUUGACCCUCGCCAUUCAGAGGAUAAGAAGAAUGACAUCGACUGGUCAUUGCAGCAACUUUCAGAACUAAAAGUCAUUUUCCCUCAAACAG